AUGUCCACCCCUACAGGACAAGCUAGCUUACCUGACUCGAAAGACGCGAAUUUACCAAGAUAUUGUUUAUUUGUUGCGUUUGUCUCUGUUCUUUCCUCGUUUCAGAAUGGAUGGAAUACUAGUGUUACAAAUGUGCCAGAGCAUGUAAUAAGAAGCUGCGGAAGUAGAAAUAAAGAAUACUGGUUACCAAAUUGUUUACCGAUGAAUAAUUUACUAUGGGGGUUCGUGGUAGCAAAUUAUGCGCUUGGUGGUUUGAUUGGUGGUCUUUCUGCCGGGUACUUGCAAACUAGACUUGGCCGACGUCGUACUUUGAUGGUUAAUAAUAUCAAUUUUCUAUUGGGAGCAUUAAUUCUAGGAGUCUCUGUGAAUCCUUCAAUGUUUGCUAUUGGGCGAAUAUUAACAGGGAUUGGAAGUGGGAUCGGAACUGUGACUGUUCCCACUUAUUUAGGGGAAAUCGCAACUAUAAAUGCGCGUGGAUUUUUUGGAACAAUCAAUUCUUUAUUCAUUGUGAUUGGAAUACUCGUUGCUCAACUAACAGGAUUUUUAUUGGACUAUAAUCCAGGCUGGAGAAUAUUACUCACACUUACCGCUGUUCCAGCGUUAGCACAAUUACUAUUGCUUCCGCUUUGCGUUGAGACGCCACGAUAUCUAGUUUCGCAGCAUAAAAUUGACGAAGCCAAAGAAACAUUAAAAAGACUUCGACACGGAUUCGUUGUAGAUAAAGAAUUCGAAGAGAUUGUCGAGGGACAAAGAGAAAUUGAAGUGAAAGCAUCAGGAGAAUCAUUGCAAGAAAAUAGGGUCAUAACUGUGAGCAAAUCCUUGACAUUUGAUGUAGAUAAAGAAUUCGAAGAGAUUGUCGAGGGGAAAAGAGAAAUUGAAGUGAAAGCAUCAGGAGAAUCAUUGCAAGAAAAUAGGGUCAUAACUGUGCGCAAAUCCUUGACAUUUCUUGGAUUAUUUAAAGGCCCAUUGUAUAGAAAGAUGGCAUUAAUUUGUCUGGGUUUGUCAGCGUUGCAACAGUUGUGCGGGAUUAAUGGGAUCAUUUUUUAUAGUACUGCGAUCUUUUCAAAUGCCUUUCAUGAAAAGGCGAAAUAUGCAACUCUCGGAAUAGGUGCCAUAGUUGUAAUCGCCACUGCUUCUUCUCUCGGACUGAUUGAUAAGAAAGGACGAAGAGCACUUUUGCUCUCAUCCGAACUCGGAAUGACUGUCUUUACAUUCUUUGUCGCUUCAUUUUCUAUCGGCCUUGGCCCUAUUCCAUUUUUAAUUAUCCCGGAAUUGGCACCAACACAUAGUAUCAGCGCAACCGCAUCUGCUUCAAUGGGUCUAAACUGGUUUUGUAACUUUGUGGUGUGUUUCGUAUUCCCGGUGUUCGCAGAAGCAUUGCAAGAUUGGACUUUUCUUGUUCUUGCAAUAAUUACGGGUGUUGGAUUUGCAUUGACAUUUAUCUUUGUACCAGAGACUAAGGGUCGUAGUAUCGAAGCAAUACAUCGAGAAAUUCGAGGAAGUAAAGUAGUCUUGGAUAAUGGCAGUGACGUUUCGGCUACCGUCUGA